CAAUGCGGCGCGAUCGGCAGUGUACCGAAAACCGCGUCACGGGGUGGAUUUCUGACGUAUUGUGAAGGACGCACACAGACAUCAAUUGAGUUAAUAUACAAGCAAUCAGUGAAUACGACAGUAAAACCUCGGUUCUGUAUAUGAAUUGGUCGGCAAGUAUUCGCUGAAAACGGGCGAGAACAAAGCAGCGUCCACUGGCUACAAAUAUUGCAGUGUUCAGAGCUGGUGUGCGACUGUGUCCGGCACUUUCAUCACGGCUGAUCCUAUACGGAAAUGCUAAAUGCCACCGAAUCGUUUACCAGUCGUGUCGGUCAUCGUCGUUGCGUUCGCGUUGGCCGCGUCGUUACUGUCGUCUGCGCCGGGUGUAGUGCGAGCUGGUUUUGCUUGCCUAAGCAGUCCUUGCGUGCAUGGCGUGUGCGUUGACCAGCUUAACAGUACAUACACUUGUUAUUGUAUUGAUGGUUAUACGGGUGUCCGAUGUCAGACCAAUUGGGAUGAAUGCUGGUCUUCUCCAUGUCUUAAUGGAGGUCUGUGUCUCGAUGGUAUAGCUGAUUACAAUUGUUCGUGUCCUGAAGGCUAUACAGGACACGACUGUGAACUCAACGUUAACGAAUGUCUGUCAAAUCCGUGCCAAAAUAAUGGAACUUGUUUGGAUUUCACCAAUGGAUUCACAUGUCAAUGUCCCGUCGGCUACACUGGGACAAAUUGUGAAAUCGACUUAGCUGUAUGCAAUUCAACAGGUGAAAUACUAUGUAAGAACGGCGGCGAGUGCAUUGAAGGUCCCGGUGUGUCUUUUUCGUGUAACUGCUCGCCAGGGUGGAGUGGAUGGACUUGCGAGGAUGAAAUCGACCAAUGUGACUCUCGUCCAUGUAAGAACGGUGGCCUGUGCAUCAAUAGGCAGACGACGUAUUCAUGUGCCUGUCUUUUUGGUUACACGGGUCGUGACUGUGAUGUGACACUACGUCUGUGCGAAGAACAUGAGUGUCAAAAUCAUGCGCUUUGCUUAGUCGAGGACCAGACAUCGGUUUGUUAUUGUGUUCCGGACUACCAUGGUAAAUACUGCCAAUAUCAAUACGACGAGUGCCAACUAGGAAUAAGAUGUGACAACGGCGGAACGUGCGUGGACGGCGUGGACGGUUACACGUGCACGUGUCCGAAAGGCCUGACGGGCCAGUCUUGCGAGUGCGCGUUCCUGGACGACCACACGGCCAAUUGCACCGGCGUCGUGGUGCCGUAUUACACGUCCAGCGGCGCCGAGGAAACGACAACCAACACCGCCGCCGUGACGAUCACCGCUCCGGCCACCCAGGCGGACGGCGAAUAUCCGACGUCGUUCGAGACUGCGUUUGGGACGACGACGUCGCCGUCAGACGGCACCGGUUACUUCAGUAUCUUCGUAGCCGCGACCACAACUGCGUCGGACCGUCGCCCAGCGGCCGCGUCCACCGAACUGGCGCCCGAGCCACAGCCGUACACCGCCUACACGGAUGCGAACACGGCCAACACGGACGAUGACGCGUACGACACGACCGUGACACAGCUGACCGACGCGGCGCGGCCGGCUACGGGUCGGACGUCGUCGCCGGACAGUGUCCACGACCCGGACGCCACGACCACCGACUACGACGGAGCGACCAACACUUACGAGUACGACGCGCCCGCGAUCACGGCCAGUCGGCGGUCGACCACUACGGCCGCUGCGGCGGUGGCCAGCCGACCAGCCACCGGCAUCACAACGGACGCGACAAGCGCCGCAGCGGAUAGACCAAGAUCGAUGACCACCACCACCACCACCACCACCGCCGCCGCCGCGCAGUCCUCAAGAUCGACGAUCAAUUACCGACAAUCUGUGGUCACCGAACGAGACACCGGUACGUCGUUCACCGAGUUCUACGACGAAAUGUCCACGGAUUUCGAUUACAACUUCACCAGCUUCGCAGUCCCGGUCACCGAUCGCGGUCCGAGUGUUCUGGACCGGAGUUGCGCCAACGUUUUGUGCUUGAACGGAGGACGGUGCGAAAAAUCGAAAACGGGACACAAGUGCAAAUGUACGUUUGGGUGGAAAGGUGAAAUAUGUAGUGAGAAGAUCGAUAUCAAGGUAUCUGCGUUUACUGGACAAUCGUUUCUCAGCCAUCGACUCUCUAAUCGUUCUGGUGCCGAAAUAUCAAUGGAAAUAAGAACUCUAGCGCCAAAUGGAAUUUUAUUUUAUGCACAAGUCACCACGCACAUGUACAUGUGCCUUUAUUUACAGGAUGGUUUGUUAAAGUUUCAAUUCUCGUGUGGAGUGCAAACAAUGUUAUUCAGUGAAACCAGAUACCGAGUGAAUACAGGCCAUCGUUUACUGUUAACAGCCGCAUUGGAGCAUGCUAUGUCACAUUCUAUGUCCGAUCACUGUAAGGCGUCACUUAGGGUUAACGAAACGCUGGCUAUGAGCGGUGAACAAGCAGCAGAUACAGCACCGGAGAAAGCGAAAAAAGUAGCACUGUUAUACUUGGGAGGACUUCCAGCAGGUCAAAACGCCACAGCAGAACUUCCGGUGGCAGUAGGAAUCACUGGUUGCAUAUCCCGUCUACAAAUUGACGAAGUCGUUCACAACGUAUACGGAAAUGCCACCGACGGAUAUGGUGUGAUCGAAUGCGCUUCGCUGACAUGCUUGUCCAGUCCCUGUCAAAGCUAUGCUACAUGUGUAGAGUUUGGAGACUCGUGGAACUGCCUAUGUCCUUCAGGAUUUGUUGGGAAGAAUUGUGAACGGUCAGUGUGUGAAAACAACCCAUGUAAGUUUGGCGCCACGUGUGUGAUUUAUCCCGGAAGCGGAUUCAUUUGUUUAUGUCCACUUGGAAAACAUGGAAUGUAUUGUGAGCAUGAUCUUGAGAUUGGAGAACCGUUUUUCCCAGGCAGCGUUAGUGGACUUUCGUCGUUUGCCUCAUAUUCUAUACCAGCUGAGAUCCAUCAAAGUUUCGAGCUGUCAAUGCAUUUCGUGCCGAAUUUUAUGGACCAAAUCGCUCUGAUGAUGUAUAUAGGUCACGACGCGUCCACCGAUCACGUAGCUUUGAGUUUUAUCAAGGGAUAUAUUGUGCUGACGUGGAAUCUCGGUGCCGGUGCUAGAAGAAUUUUCACACCAAAACCAAUAAACUUUCAGCCAAAAAGGGCGCACGUCGUAAAAUUGGGCCGAGACGGAAAAACCGCAUGGCUCAUGGUGGACAAUUUCCCGAACGUCACCGGUCAAUCAGUCGGACGUCUUUCUCAACUUAACACCAAACCUGUGUUAUACCUUGGUGGCCACGAGUCUCCUGGAAUGGCUGACCUACCACACGACUUGCCGCUACACACUGGAUUCGUUGGAUGCAUGAGCGAGGUGAAGCUGAAGGCUGGUCACGUAACUGUCCCGCUGAGUCUGUCACGUGCAUAUUCUACAGUAAAUACUGGUAGAUCCGUGUCUCAGUGUUCGACUAAUGAGUGUUAUCGAAACAACAUAUGCCAACACAAUGGUGCGUGCAUUCAGCACGGUUCUUCGUUAGCGUGCGUGUGCGACGACGGGUGGUACGGUCCCGUGUGCUCGCACCGUUACAACGCGUGCGACUCGAACCGGCACAACUGCUCGGACGGGUCGACGUGCGUACCGGUGGGCGCAGAGUACGAGUGUGACUGUCCGGCGGGUCGGACAGGCAAACACUGCGGCCGGGAAGAGCGGCUGUCCGACGUCCGGUUCCUGGGCAAGCGGUCGUUCCUGUCCGUGUCCGCGACCGCGGAGCUCAAUAUGCAGCAGUUCAGCGUCGAGCUCGAGAUCAAACCGUCCGGCGAACACGGUAUCGUUUUUUUCGUCAGACACGACGCGGCGCGCAAGAAGUUCAUGUGUCUAUCACUGUACGGCGGCGUACUGGAAUUGAGGAUCUCCGUCCGAGUGGGCGAAACAAGACGUCAAGACGACGUACUAGUAGUCCGCAGCGGUCGAGUGUUGACACUGUCUGAAUGGCAUAGUAUAAGAGUGGGCCGGUAUCGCCGCAAGUUGUAUCUAUGGGUCGACGGGAUGGUUAAUUACGCUGUUUUGCAGCCGUCAGAGGGCAUUUCAAAUUUUGACAAUCUCAUAUAUUUUGGUGGUUUACCGGAUCUGUCCCGCAUGCCACCCGGCUCCACAGCUGGACUUCCGGUUCCGUUCGCUGGAUGCAUACGCAGACUAUCGAUCGAUUACGAGACAAUACCACUUAACUAUUCGUCGAUUGUUGCUGGUAGGAAUAUAGCCGAUUGCGACGGGACGCCGUGUGGCGGAGACUUGUGCCAUCACGGCGGUAGCUGUUGGUUGGACAUGGACAUGAAACCGCACUGUCAUUGCCUUCAGGAGUUUACCGGAGACUCAUGUAACAAACAAGCUUCUUGCACUGAAUUUAAAUGCCAGAACAAAGGUCACUGCGUAAGUGAAAGUGGCAACACGUCGUUUGUGUGUAAAUGUCCACCUGGCUGGGACGGCCCGUUCUGUACAAAAGAGCUUCCAACUGGCCCACCACUAUUCAAAGGACAUGGAUAUUUAGUUCUCAGUAAACUGUCAUCACUAACUAAAAGAGAAGGUAAUGAUGAAGUAACUGUAGACAAUGAAACACAAUUCAUAAGUGUCAACUUUUCAACGGUAUAUGAUAACGGAUUGCUAAUUUGGACAUCACAGGAAGAGUGGUACAUGGGCUUAGGCAUAAUUAAUGGAUUAAUGACAGUGACGUGGGCGCAGAAUUAUAAAAGACCCAAUAAAUUGACAGCGCCAAUGUCCAACAUAACCAAUAGUGAAUGGCAUACAGUGAGAUUAAAUGUCACAAAAUCAGAUAUAACAUUAGAAUUAGAUGAUUGGGUAUCAGAUCCAUAUCGCCACAAUAUAGAUUUGUUUAAUUUGAACGAUAACAUAAUUUAUUUAGGGGGAGUUCCAGAAGACAAAUUUUUCUUGAAUAAUAAACAAGAGUUAUUUAAAAACAAUUUUCGAGGAUGCAUCGAACAACUGACUGUUCAAGAAAACAUUAUAACUGAUUUCAAACAUUAUGAGAGCGUAAAUGUAGAUGUAUGUGAUACGUGGUGAAAUAGUAUCAGUUUUAUAAAUGUGAGCAAAAUAAUCAAUUUUAAUGAGUUCAAUUUCAAUCAGUCAAUAAAUAUACUUAUGAUUAAU